UAGAGGAGGAGUCAAAACAUCAUGUAUAUUAGAGGACAUUGAUCCCCAGCGACUCUCCGCAUGUAGGUCCUAUCACUAUAUUUUUAUUAGCGACCAUCGCAAUGGGGUCCAUCGCAUUUAUAUUUCAAGGCAUGCACCCUCGUGGCCGCUCUGAAUUAACGCAUGCGCUGAAAUCCCGACGCCAUUCCCACUUUCACUACAACACGUCGUGUUUUGACGUAUAGCUAAAUGUCCACUAGUUUCCUCGGCCUAAUGUGUUCUUGACACGAAAUGUGGUGUUCUAUUUACGAAAUGAAAUUCUGUGUAAAGUAUCCCUUAUGAUAGUGAUAUGUGACGACUAGUAAAAUUGCCUAAGGUGUGCCGUAAACAAGCCAAGCCCAACAUACGUGCCUUUAUAUUCUUCUCCAAUUAAUAAUUAGGUAUAAAUACAAAAGUCCAUUAGAAGCGUCCAAUUAAAUUGAAUCCAUCAAAUCUGUCCAAGAUGAAACUAUAUUGACAGCAAUGUCUUCUGAAUUUAAAUAACGAGACAAUACCAAUGUGGAACAAAUUGCAAUAGGUGACGUGAAUAUUGCAAUAGUGUGGAUGGUGUUGCUGGCAAGAUGUCUGUGUGGGUGGGCAGUGGGUGCGCCGGCGGCGGCCGCGAGGUGCGCGCUCCGCCCGCCGCCACAGCCACGCUGCUCUCUACCAACACCUCUAUGGAGUCUGGUAUUGAAGCUGGAGUAUUGCCCACUGUUACGGGAUCGCUGGCGUCGGCUCGUGACUCCCUCGGUUCACUUUCCAGAGCAGCGGAGCCGUUAUAUGAUACUGAUCACACGGAUUUGGGCUCAGAGUUGGAUGAAGCAGAGAUCAGAAGGGAGUUGAUGCAUGAUAAAUGGCGCCUUUUAUUUGAUAGGUUCGAUCCGGAAGGUUUCGGUGAAAUUCCUUGGCCUGAUUUCCAACAGACACUACACAAUCCAGAUUUUAUAGCACAGAUUCCGCCGCAUAAAAGAGAAAUUCUUCUGGACAAAGCCCGAAGUGCGACGAGUGAUGCCAUCACCUUCCAAGAGUUCGUCAAUGUGAUGAGCGGCAAGCGUACACGCAGCUAUAGAUGCGCGGUGCACCAACGGGACCGAGAGGUCAGCUCCGAGAACGACUUCCAUUUGCUUCUCGAAGAUCCUACAUUAUUUGCCAGGAUGGUCCACCUAGUAGCAAUGGAAGUGCUUCCAGAAGAGCGAGAGAGGAAGUACUACCAGGAACGAUACACAUGCUGCCCGCCACCUCUCUUCAUAAUUUGCGUCACAUUGCUAGAGUUGGGCGUGUUUGCGUGGUACGCGUCAAGUUCGAGUGGGGUGGCAGCGGCGGCGGGGCCCGUGCCCGUGGACUCACCACUCGUUUACCGACCCGACCGUCGUCGCGAACUAUGGAGGUUCCUCACGUACAGCGUCGUCCACGCCGGCUGGCUCCAUCUCGCCUUCAACCUUCUUGUACAGCUGGCAGUUGGUCUACCACUUGAAAUGGUGCACGGCGCACUCCGAUGUGGUGCGGUAUAUCUAGCAGGCGUACUGGGGGGAUCCCUGGCGGCGUCAGUACUCGACCCUGAUGUAUGCCUGGCGGGCGCGUCCGGUGGCGUAUACGCGCUGCUGGCGGCGCAUUUAGCCAACGCAUUGUUAAACUUCCACGCGAUGCGAUACGGCGCCGUGCGAUUGGUUGCGGCGCUCGCAGUCGCCUCAUGUGACGUGGGCUUUGCUGUCCACGCUAGGUAUACUAAGGAAGCGCCACCGGUGUCGUACGCAGCACACGUGGCGGGAGCGCUCGCAGGCCUCACUAUAGGCCUGCUAGUGCUGAAACACGCACAGCAAAGAUUGUGGGAGAGAUUAUUGUGGUGGGCAGCCCUAGGGGCGUACGCAGCAUGCACGCUCUUCGCCGUUCUCUACAACAUCUUCAGUGGACCCGUGGACGAGCUCCACUACAUGCCGCCAGACCCUCCUCCCGACGUUGCCGGAUUCUGACCUAAUAAUGUCACGCGACGCCGCCUGCUGACCAAAAACUUAGGCUUUGACGACAUUCACUAGUUUCUCCGACCACAGACUGUUGAGGUAGUAGCUAAUAGAGAACGACUGCAGAUAUUUCUUACUAAAGAAAUGCACCAAAGUAGGUUCUAGAAACUAAGUACAUGAACAUAUAAGCUUAAGAGUAGAAUAUUGCCAAAAAUGUCCAUUAUGACGUUAUUUUAUGGACGUUUAUAGUCAAUUUUAUUACGCAGAAUGACUCAAUAGAGUUCUUAUUACAUGAUUACCGUCAAUAUUUUCUUAUAAGGCGAAAAUGGAGUCAAAGCUUAAGUCUAGAUCACGCAACGACUGCGACCUACCACGCCUAGUCAAUUUACCUUAGUGUGAUUCGCUAUAAGUAACGCUAUGUUCAGAGGAGGCUCAUGAUCGGCUGGGUUGCGCACGAUCUAAUCGAAAUCAGAUUGAAAUUAUAUCCAGUGGUGUUUUUAAAUACAAACUAGAAAAUCGUAAUAAUAAAUUAAUUACAAAUGUAUAUAAACGAAUAGUAAACCUUUUUUCCCAAAAUUCCCUGUAAUAGAGUUAAUACCAUGGAAUAUAUCAUCAAUUUGAUGCGAUUUUGAUUUGAUCUCGCCAAAAGCCAGCCUGCAGUUUACACAACGUGUGUAUUUCGUCCAAUAUAACAGAAGAUUUAUGAAUCUUUAAUUUUUUUUAUAUAAAUUAUGAAUCAAUUGUUAAAAUUGAUUUGUGCGUUAGCUGUUUUUUACAGUGUCCAAUAGCAUUGAGACCUCCUCGCGAUAAUUAAUUGUUAAGUAGUAUUAAUUGUAUUGGAUAGGUGAACUAUUUUUGUACCUACUCUCUGCGUCCGUAGUCUAUAGGUUGAUGGCGUUGCCGCUACACAUACACAAUAAUAUGUUCCCAUAUGGACUGACCAACUCGACUAAAUGUUGUGUUAACUUUUAUAGUAAUUAUAGUGUUUUAUUCAUUGAUUGUUAACAUUAAUGCCACAUGAUUUUAACAUUGCAUUUAGUUAGGAAAGUCAGCGUAGUUAUGGCCUGCACACCAAAGAUUAGGAUUAAAUGGCAUUCCUACUCGAAUGUCGGAAACAAUCUCAUUCUAUCCUCAUUUAAUUUGAUUAUAGCUGAUUUAAAUAUUGCGGAAAUAGAAUUUACUUCAAGUUUGCUCAGAAUAUAUAUACUAUAAGUAUGCCUCAAUGAGUUAACAUGAUUAAUAUUGUAAUAUAUAAGUAAUGUAUAAAAUGCUCAAUUUCAGUUAUUUUUUAUUGUGAAAUAAUGCUCAAAAGUGAGUUUUUUUUAUUUUAUGCGAUCAAUUGGAUCAUAAUAAAUAAAGAUUCCUAUUUCAUUUUGUCAUAUGUGAAAUCCAUUACUGAUGGACUGCAUCACAACUUUCACUUGAUAGACCUAGUAGACUCACUAGAAUAGAUAGAUAAUUGAUAAUAAUGUGCCUGAUUCCUAUUAUUAUUAUAAACUUGAUUGUAUACUUUUAAUUCUAAUCAAAUAAUGUCACGACUGAUUUUUGUAUAAAUUAUUACAGAGUGUUUUUCAUUUAAUUUAUUUUAAAAUUACUUUAAGUGUGAAUCAAAAUAAUUAUAAUUAUGUGAUUAUAUGAAUGAAGAAUAAGAAUGAUUAUGAUUAAAAGUGAUUGGAAAUCGUAUUGUUG